AUGAGCUCCGCCAACAGCACUCUCGCCCCUCCAUCCAAGCACAUCGUCAUCAUCGGCGGUUCUCUUGCGGGUCUCUUCACCGCGACGCCUCUGCUUCGGCUCGGCCACCGCGUCACCAUCCUCGAGAGAUCUCCCACACCCCUGUUGCACGACCAGGGCGCCGGGAUCGUUGCCGGUGGCGAGACGCUGGCUUGGUUUCGCCGGCAUGAUUUGUUCCAGCGGGAGAUCAGCGUGGGCAGCACGACGAGGCUGUACUUGGAUCGGGAGGGUGGCGUUGUUGAUCGUGAGGACUGGAAGCAGAGGAUGACGAGUUGGGACUUGGUGUGGAAUCUGAGUCGGGCCAACUUCAAUGGGGAGGGUGGCAGGGGAUAUAUCGAGGGGAAAGAUUGGGCGCGCGUUGAGGGCUCGGAGGAGGUGAAGAAGCAGUGGGAGAGGGCGAGAUAUGAAUAUGGCAGGGAGGCGACGGGAUUGCAGGAGAAGGACGAGAAGGUGGUGGUCAAGUGGAGGAGCACACGAGAGGGGGCGGAAGAGGGGCUUCUGGAGGGGUCGGAAGAAGCAGACGUUGUGAUUGCUGCGGAUGGCCCAAGCAGUCGGCUCAAGGGCAUAAUGCUGGGAGAGAACAAGGCUUCGAAGAGAACGUAUGCGGGCUAUGUGGCAUUCAGAGGGACUGUGAGGGAGUCGGAAUUGUCGGCGGGUUCCACGGAGGUGUUUGUGGAGAAGUUCACCUUCUUCCAUGCUGACGGGGUGCAGAUUCUUGCGUAUACUAUCCCCGGGCACCAGGGAACGCUGGAAAAGGGGAAGCGGCUCAUCAACUGGGUGUGGUAUUGGAACGAACUGGAGGAGAAUGAGGCAUAUGUGGAAUUAAUGACGGACUCAGAGGGAGCGAGACACAGGUUUACCCUGCCGACCGGUGGGAAGAGUCAGUCUUCCCCUUUCUCUACCGCACAGAUCGGGAAAGCCAUUGUGGUGACUUUACUGACGAAAACAGUGCAACCCCAAGUAUGGAAACGGCAGCAGCAGCGGGCAAUGGACUUGUUACCACCUCAAUUUGCUGAGUUGGUGACGAAGACCGAGAAGCCAUUCGUGCAGGCUAUCACAGACGUCGAGCCACCGCAGCAAGGAACGCCAGUCGGCCGACUGCUACACGGCAAAGCGGGUGUGGUCGGAGAUGCUCUGGCUGGCUUCAGGCCUCAUACCGCAGCCAGCACUAGUCAGGCAGCAUUUGAUGCUCUGCAGCUCGAGCGGGUAUUUGCCGGGGAUAUGAGCUGGGAGGAGUAUGAAGCCGAUGUCUUGGGCUUUGCGCAGAGCUGGCAACGGAGGGGAGUAAUGUUGGGCAACAGGAGCCAGUUUGGAAGUCACCCUCUGUCCCAGGGUCAUGUAGAUGGGCCCGUGAGCCGGGAACAGCUGCACAUGAGGCAGAGGCAGCAACAGCAAAUCGUGGACGAGCAGUAA